AGUGAUCCUCCACGGUGAUUGUCUCCGCGCAUAACGUGGCACUAUCUUUGAAGAAGACGCGACCAACGGACAGCUUUUAGUGGAUGAAAUCUCAAUUUCCUUGAAGAAAUAUACAUAGCGAGAAUUUUUAUGUAACUCGGUCGAGGAUUAAAGGAUCCAUAUCUGUGAUAAAUCGCGGGAUUUUGGUUAAUUUCUCGGUGGGCCCGGAUACAGCUUGAUACCGAUAGAGAGACUCAACUCAGGUCCUUUCGUCCUGACAUGGACACAGGAAUUGUACCCGAAAAGAAAAGGUAACGUCAAUGCUAGCUAAUGCUACACAGCAGGUUGUAUUGUUGUUUGGAAUCUGACUUAACAACUUUGGUCGUCGGUCAAGUUGAAUUAACACCCUUUUGUUAAAAACGUGUAUCUUAAUUGAAGGAUAAACCUGAAGUUUACCACGUUUGUUCGAGAGAAAUGCGCAUACAAUCGAUGCCGUUGUCAUUAGCACGCGGCUAACUUAGCCAGACAGCCAGUCGAGAACUCACAUUAAGACUGUUUAUUUAACAUUAUAUCGACCAGAUCAGUCAAUGCAGGAACUAUGUAUAUGCAUGUUUUAAUAUUUAUUCACCUGAUCAGAUAUGACUUUUCACAGUCGCUGUUGUUUUGUUCGUGUGAAGGGUGUAGGGUGUAGGGCAGCCCAGACUAUACGUGAGCUUAUUUGACUUUUGUUUUGAUCGUGUCAUUGUUAUGGUACCCCUGUGCUGAUGUGAGGUUGAUGUGGGUUUGAUGUGCCAUCAUUGACAGUUUUUUAGGCAAUGUGGCUGAUGUGAGAAGGAUGUGAGUUUGCUGAUGAAAUAUUGAGGCUUUCAUGGAGCUGCUCUUGGUUUGAAGCAACUUUCUCUUUUCUCUGCAAUGGCAGCGUGAUCAGGCUGAGCCAAGAAGCUAUCACCUUCACUUAUAUAACCUAGUUCGUUAACCUACUAUAUGUUACAUAUUGGCAGAAGUUGAAUUGAAACUUAAAGACUUAAGAGUCUGAAAUAUCUUUGCCUGUUGGUUGGCAAAUGGAGGCAAAUGUGAAAAUGAAGUAGUGUAAGUGUUUAGUGUUUUCCACCUAGUUUUAAUAGGAUUAUAGUAGCCCAUGCAUAGACUUUAUUGUAGAACACACAAUUGCACCACCAUAAAGUGCCUGAAAUGUUAUCAGUGGGGAAAUAUGUAAACUAGAAAGUGCAAAGGGUCCAACAGCCCCAUAUAUAUAUAUAUAUAUAUAUAUAUAUAUAUAUACACAAACACAAUACCAUCUUUCUGCAGUAGCAUUAGUGCUCUGUCAAUUACCCAUUUGAUACAAGGCCUUAAAACCAAACAUGCAACAGAUGCAUUAAAGCAUCAGAGGAAAUGGCUGCUCUGGACUUUAAAGGAAACAUGGUGUUCCUGGAGAGAGCAAAAAGACUUAAAAGAUUAAAGAGAAGGUGUUUAAGUCAACAUUUUAGACAACCAGCUCAUUGUCAUGGUCGGGAGUGCAGAUUUUUUUCCAUCUUUGGGAUCUAUGGUAUGUCCUGUUGUCUUGAAACCAGAUUUCAGGCACUCUAGAGCCGUGCAACAAAGUUCAUGACAACAUACAAGGUGGUUUAAAAUAUGAUGCGACAGCUUCAAACACUUGGAGACCUGAUAUUUGUCCCCUGUCAUUGUUGAGCUUCACUGCCUACUGGAUCAAUCCCUCUCCUGCAGUGUUGAAGUGAUUCAGCUCAGUUGAUAUUGUGAUCUGCUUUGUAAAAGUAAAUCAAUGAAAAUGAUGAAAAUAGCCAAGGAAGGACGAUUUUAUGUUCAACAUUUAAUUCCUCUGUCUGGCAUUGCUGCUGUUGUGAAUUUCACUUUGUAUCGUGACAGUUGCGCCGUCAGCAGCAUAACUUUGAGUUUAAGUGUGCAGUGUUGGGUUCACACUAAUUUCAUUGGUCUGAUAGAAUGUUAAACACAUUUAAUCUGAGUUUUCCAACAAUGCUAGCCGGGUUAAACUAGGUUCGACAGAAUAAGCUGAGCAUGUUUGAGUUUUUUUGUUUUCUUAUUUUGGUGAAAAAAGGUUUUGCUGCUCUGUAAUCUAGAAAAACACAAGCACUCUUACAAGACUUAGUGUUGGCAGAUGAUCAGUAUUAAAACAUUUGAUCAGGAGGAAUCAAAUUUUUAUAUUCAGGUGAUUAUGCACUUAUUUAAUUUGACUUGUGAAUAUUAUUUUCCGUUUCUACUGGGCCUGUUCUGUUAAAUGCAGCUAAAACUACGCUGGGCAUCUUUAAGGGGCAUUUUGUAGUUUUAGUUAAUCAGAUAUCCUGAUUUAUCAUAAUGUGGUUGUCUUGGAAUUCGUCAAUUAUUGCAGAAUACCAAUACAUGAUAAAUGUAUGAACCAUGGUAUAGCGUGAGUUACCCUGAAAAAGAAGUUGUUAGCAUUAGCUGGAGAGUUGGAAAAGUUGGCUACGCUCGCUCAGACUCUGCGUCAGCAGUCUACUGAUUGUUAGUCAUUGACAGACACAUUAACCAGGUGGUGAACUUGUUUUCAGACACUUGACCUGGUCAAAUUAAUUUAUCCAAUAGUCUGUUUAUCUCAAUAGUCCUUAUGGAUCAGCUAACUUUAGUUAGCUAAAGAUUGUGUAAAACAACAAGUGUAAAGUAGUGCGUUAGCCGUAUGAUGCCUAACCAGUACCUCAUUUUCACACCAGACAAAAGCACAAUAAAAUGUCACACUGAUGUUUUCCAGUAUUUCUCUCCAUUAAGAAUUUCUUUCUUGCUCCAAUGGACAGCUGUAAGAUUUGCUUCUCCAAAUCUGCUGACUGUUCAUCAGUUUUGUUCCUCCUGUCAUUGUAGUUGGUAGAAAAGUAAUGUCUCCUUGGUGUGCUUUGCCGGUUAAAGAGUUUGCUCAUUGCUCUUGUCUCUUUAAUUUGCUCUGGUGAAUAUUGAUUGUUUUAGACUUCAUUUAAUUAGCUAACGGGCUGUUUUCAUUUCUGCCGAUUGAAAUUUGGCAGUGUGUGUGAUUUAGGUUAGUGGAAGAAUCCCUGAAUAUGUGUUUAGUUGAAACCCUGGUUUGAUUCUCUUGGGCUUGCCCCUGUGAGGUGCCUUGGCAGUAUUUCUGUCUCAUCUCUUAAUCACCAAGGCUUGACGUCAAUAGGAGUGGCCAAAUGUGUGUACAGAAUCCCUGCCUGCAGCUUGCCCUAAGAUACUAAAGCACAAUACCUAAUUGUAUGCAGGCUAGUUUGAACUUGAGAAAUAAACUUGCUCGUGCAGGGCAUGUCUCAAGGUAUGUCUUGUAUGUGCAAACACUUUCUUAAUACUUCAUGUUUAAUUGCAAAGAGAGAGUGCGAUAAUUACAGAACACUUGCUGUGAUCAGGCUUUCAAAUCUCUGCUUUCUGUUAAGUGAGUUCACUUGUUAAAAGUAAAAUAAGGAUUUAGAUCAAUAGAAAGCAAGAUAUUGAACAAAUCUGAGCUGAAUGUAGUUCAUUGAUUAGAGUUGUGUAAGGUCUGAUACUGGAAGCCGGUUCCUUGUGGAAAGGUUUCAGCUCCAAACUUGAUACCAGAAGUGUUUUGUGUAGAUAUUAGAUUACAAAAAAAAUGUGUAUCUGUGUCGUUUUUUUCCUUUUUUCAUGGACAGUCUUUUGUACGGCGCUCUUAUAAUGGCUUUUACUGAGUGUUACAGAAACAAUACAAGGAAGGAAGUUUGAAAACAACACCUGCAUAAAUCCUCUUUGUCGACCACCAUAUUUGAAUGAAUAGAGAUGUGUAUUAAUGUUGUUUCUGACAAGAGGCCAAGAUGCCACAAAGUACUAUUGAUCUGUGCUGAAGAGAACCUAUUUCAUACUAUUUUGUAAUUCAGAGUCUCAGCGGACAUGUUCUUAGGUGAACAAUGUGAAGCUCUGCAGAGGGAAUAAUAGGCAGAAGCUCUUUGAGUCGAGAGCUGUAAAUUGUUGUGGACUAAAUUCUGCUUUAAACAAAGCUCAGCAGUGGAGUCAUUUUGCUGUUGACGAUCAUUUAGGGACAUCAGACUGUUUUCUAGGCAGUUAAAAACUCCUCUCUGUGGGUUUCACAGAGAUACAAGCUUUGCUUUUCCACUAGAUAAACCUAUUCCCUGCUGACUUACAGUCCCAGUCCUCUGGUCAGAGGUCACUCUGUCCAAAGGGAGUAUUUUGAACUCUCCAAAGCCCCUGUUUUUCUCGGGACCCUCAUUAGCUGAAGCUUUUUAAAUCUUGAAACACAUCAGAAGUCUAAAGGAGUGAGAGGCUUGAUUGGCUGGAGGAGGAUUUGUUACAGUCCACAUUACCUGACCCAGACUUGGAAAUGUGCAUUAGGAGAGACUCAACGGAUCCACAAAGACCAAAUGUGGUCAGGUUAAGCCGCCUUUCUCAGGAUAGUAGAACAACACAAGAUGUUUAGAGUUAACAAUUGAACUUCCUCACUUAAAGAAGAAGAUUGAUAGUCUGGUUGUUUGCUGUAAACUCUGUGCUUUAAGGAUAAAUACAGUUUAGCUGCUGAAACGGUGUCAUGGUAAAGCACUCUAUCUGUGUCAAGGGUUAGCUUUGUUUAAUUUAUUUAUCAGUUCCCCUUUUUAUUGGUAGUGUCAGUUGGCACAGUGUCCUCUUGUUUGGUCACAACAGUUUACACACCUGUUACAUGAUAGUCCGUUUGCAAACACUAGUACUAUGUUCCUCUGUGAAAAGAUAGGAGACACUGUGAGCGAGACAGGUCUGAUCUUUUUCUUUUGUCUGCACCACUAAUGAACUAAAAUGAGCACGUUAAAUGAAUUUGAACCUUUUACUCUUUUUUUAAACUGUAUUACUGUCUCCCUUAAAAGCCUGUGUACGAACAAAGAUACCUCGCCUUGUUAUGGUUAAUAUAAAAAUUGUGCAGCCACUCUGAUGUCGUCAUUUUCAUUAGAGGUCAAUUCUUUCUGAGCCAGCCUCUGGAAUCCAUUUGAGAAGUAUUCCCAGCAGCUGAGUUUCCUAAAGCUUUAAGAGUUUCCAGCGACUCUGUUUGCCUCCAUUGAGUUUCAUUAAAUGCCUUUUAUGGCUCCGCACUGUUGCUCUACCACUGUUCCUGCUCUGCACAGAACAGCCAAGUCUGCAUAUUCUCUGACAGUUAGCCUGGAGAUGCACCGGUUCUCCCGCUACAUUUCAGCAACAAAAGCAGUGUUUACAUCAAUACAGCCACGGGGCCCAUGCAAACACAAACGAGUCGAGGCAGAUUGAUAUGACCUCAAACAAAUGAGAGUUGAUUAGGCCGACGAUAAUUCAUAUUAAACAUUGAUGCUCAUGCUGUCAGUAAUCAAACUUCCGUGGCUUUUCCCUCACAGGCAUCUAGAGUUAUUUGUUCUGGCUUAAAAUCAAGGUAUGUGGACGCAGUAAAGUUACUCAACAUUUAAUAAAGUACUCUUUUAGUUCUCACUGUCUCAUGCCCUGGAUCUAGGUAUCAUGCCAUGGGCUUCAUUAAUCUGUAAAAGACAGUUAUCCAAGAGCUGCUUUGCUUUUACCCUCCAAAAUCCAGUCACAGUUUGAGCUGCGGUUUUUCCCUGAACUUGAUUAAAUAACAGACAAAACUGUUUUUUUUCUGUCACACUAAACGGAGUUGACAGAUAGUGAAGAAAUUUUCCUCGUGAAAUAGGUCAGCCCCUGGUUACUACAGUGGUAAACAACUGUGGAACGGUAACAUCAGAGGGGUUUUAAUGGCACAUAGUUUUCCCAUGACUCUCCAGACCACUUGUUCAUUAUAAGUUCUGUUUGCAUAAUCACGCCCAUUCUUAAUUGUCAACAAAACAGUCUCAUUUAAGCCAACGAAAGAGCAAACUGUGCAGGGAGCGACCAGGAGAGAGCUGCCGGGCAUGCCUGACCAUGUGCAUUAAUGCUGUUAUGUAACUCCAGCCCCUCUGCUGGCUUUUGUUUUAACAUCAUGGGACCUGCUUUGCUUUCUUUGCAUGUUCCAUGAAAGAGAGUGAACCGCUUUAUUAUUACGGUCCUUGUAAGUUUAAAAAUAGUCAAGGGGCCAACAUUGAAAUCUUCAUAAUGGGGCAUUCAGUCCUGGAUUUUCCUAAAAAGAAUCUAACCCAGAGUCAGAAGUUAGUGUCUAUUUUUGUUGUACUGAUUUUCCUUACUACAAUAACUGCCUUUGUGUCGUACCUGUGUUGCUCAGUGGAAUAUCACAGUUAAGCCUCAUUUGAAUUGGAUUUGCAUAACAUCAUGUGACAUAACAGGAUGCAGCGACUACAAAGCAAACCAUUUGUGCUGCUGAGUUAUGUAGCAUCCUAGUGGGGGCACAGUUAUAAAAAAGCUCUGUGUUUAUCUGUCAUUAGAUCAUCAGCAGCUUAACCUCCAGCUUAGUCAGAGGACUCGUCCAGUGUGUCCCCAGUACACUGUGGCUGGAUUAUUUUAGUUUUUGACAUGGUUUUAGAUUGGUGGUUGCAUCCAGACUCACAGAAACGUGCUGUCUAUUCAUUCGGAUUUGUUGCGUAAUGCUACAGUCGGAAGGUCCUCAGGGUGCUGACAGCGGCUAAUGUAAAUGUUUGUCAAUUGUUCUCACAAAUGGUAAAACGUGGUCAUGUGUGUAUAUGCUAGGGCUUGAAAGAUUGAGAUGAUCUCUGCAGUAGAAGGUCUGUUAGCCUUAGUUAGGUUUUUUUAUGCUUUGUUUGCACACUUCCUGUGUCCCUCAAUCAUAAUAAAUCUGAUUCUCAAGCUCACGUCUGUGAUGCUUUUUUGACUUUUCUAAUUUGUUUACGGUUUAUGGUUUUGCUCUGACACCACAAUGCUUCCUUAUCCCACUCUACUUUAUGAAAAAUCUGUCUGAGCUCCUGCCAGGUGAAAUGAUCCACUGCUGGCUAAAUUUAUUUAACUGAUCCAUUUUCUUUUUAGAGAGCCUCAAAUAACAACAUGGCCCCGGUCCAUGUUGUAAGUGCAUAACAGAUCAAUUUCAAUUAGGUGUACAUUUCAAAGCCAAGGGCUUUUGGUCUGCAGUCCUUUUGUUGUGAUAGUUCGCUGUUUUCCGAAAUGCAUUUGAGGUCAUGAGGUUGUGCUCUGUGAGAGAGAUUACGCCAUCAGUCAGUCAGCCACCGGGAUGACUAUUACAAUUAUGUUGAACACUUGGCCGCUCUGUUUAUGUAAGUGGUCCUAUGAGUUUCACAAACACAAAUCAGUGCUCAGCUUAAAAGCAAAGUUUUUUUCUCUUUCCAUUGACUUGCACGAGUUGUCGUCUUUUAAAGCGAGGUCUACUUUGUCCAUUUUAAAACACUUUCAGGUCUUAAGACUCGAUGUCUGGUGAGAGUCCAUUAGUGAAGGCUUUGGAUACCUGCCUGGAGCGAGAUCAAGCGGAAAGCAUUAAUGCUAAAUAAAAAAGUCAUGUUGGUUUGUUUGUAGGAUCAGUCUAAGGUGUCUGUCACUCUGUGCUAUUGUCUGCUCGCUGUGUUGGUGCCAGUUUUAUCAUACUCCACCUUGUAGAUCAGUUGAGUCGGGCUCAUAAAUGUCACAGUGAUUUGUGUUGCACUGUAACUUGGCCAGGCACCAACAGACAGACCGGAGAAUCCAAGCCAGGCCAUCCAGCCAAUCACUCUAAGGGGCCGGUCUCCUUUUCUUUUGGUCAGAAGCCAAUAAGACUUUCACAGGCUGCCGUGUAUGUAAAUGAGUCAGACAGGGGUCCAGACAGCAGCUGGGCCGGGCGCUUGUUUGUUGCAGACUCCAGCUGCUGCUGCCCUAGUGACAGACUCUGUAUACACACUCUCAGUCAGGAAGGAGGGAUGUCAGAACUCGCGGUGUCCGUAGUGAGAACAAAACCUGUUUUUGAUCGGUCCGUGUCUGACCCAGCACCACCUGUCUCCCAUAGAGUGAGUGCUGAGCGGAGGAAGGAGAAGUCGAGGGAUGCGGCGCGAUGUCGGCGCGGGAAGGAGUCGGAGGUGUUCUACGAGCUGGCUCAGGAGCUGCCCCUGCCCCACAGCAUCCGCUCCAGCCUGGACAAGGCGUCCAUAAUGAGGCUAACCAUCAGCUACCUGCGGAUGAGGAAACUGCUCAGCACUGGUCAGUGUCCGUAUUUGUUUGACUACUUUUUUAUUUUUUUUAUUCUAGACUUAAAUGUGAAGAUUCAAUCACGUAAUUUAGUUCUUUCAGAUAAGUUGAGAGAAAAAGUCUGCUUAGUAAGAGGUGCUGCAGAAAUGUAAAGAGAACCCUGUUAGAUGGUUAGAAACACAAAGUCAGCUGUUCUGAGAAUUUGGCUGACACAGUUAUUGCUCCUUUUGUAGAUACACAUACGGGUACAGUGUGUUUUCUGCGUUUCUUCCCUUAAACUUGUUUCUUUGAAAGAGACGUCUUCAUUUUCUCUCCUCUAUCUCUACCUCUACUCCCCUCUGUCUUAUCUCCUCCAGAUGAGCCAAUGGCAGUGGAACAAACAGAGCUCGAUGAGCAGCUAAACAGCUCCUACCUGAAGGCUCUGGAGGGUUUUCUCAUGGUGCUGUCUGAAGACGGAGAUAUGAUCUAUCUCUCUGAGAAUGUCAACAAGUGCCUGGGGUUGGCACAGGUUGGUGUGUUUUGACCUUCUGUAUGUGGGUAAAGAGAGAGAGCUUCACAUUAAUCUCUGACAGAGUCUGAAGUGUUCAUUUUAGAUGUGUACUGAGAUUAAAGACACGUUGUUGAAUCCAUUUCAGAGCAUCUAUUUAGAACAAACAUAAACGGUUAUAUUUACUGUACAUGAAAAAGCACUCAUCCUCUGUUCUCUCUCUCUCUCUCUGGGCUACAGUUUGACCUAACGGGACACAGCGUGUUUGACUACAUACACCCUUGUGACCAGGAGGAGCUGAGGGAGAUGCUGAUCCACAGAACAGGUGAGGGACAAAAUCUGAGCAGCAGCACAUUUAAGAGACUGGGAGAAAAGCCACUCAGUCAGGUCUGUCCUCACAGCAUGGAUUCAGAUUAGAUCUAAACUGUCAUAUUGAGACAAGGAACCUCUUAGGACAAGUUAGCAUCAUGUUUUCAGUUUUGAGGUCAAACAGAUUAUCGUCGGACAGUUUUUGGGGGCUUUGGUGACCUUCACUCAGUGUUACUGGAACAGUGUGCUUCAUUACUGGCACUUGUCCUAGUUCUCUUUCACAACAGCACACCGUCUUUCUGUGUGUCAGUGUUUAAGGGACAAUUGUUAGAAAAGGAGGGAGACAUUCUGACCAUUAUACCAAAACACGGAGAUGUGCACAUGUACGCUCAUGAGUGUCGGUAGAUUUAGUCCCCUCCUGAGGGCAAAUCCCAGAACAGAAACCCUAAACUGAAACUGUGUAAGUGGGUCUUAAGAGGAAAUUUCCUCACAAGAACAGUCCGUGUGUGAGAGGCCCAGAGUUUGUUAUAAAAGGCUGCUCAUUGGAGGCCAUGUGUGUUUUCUUGCCAGGCACUGCACUUCAAUACACACACACCCUUUAUCUGUAACGGCUGGCAGCACUUCUUCCUUUGUCUUCCCUGUUGUAGUAAAAAGAAGAAACACCUUUACAGCUUAACAGCAGCACUGCAGGCAAAUGUCGUCUGUUUGGCAGUUGACAAAAUUUUGACGAGGCAGGGAUUAAAAGAGGGGCUGAAACGGUGACAGUUGUCACAGGAAACAACAAAAUGAAAACACAGAAAGCGAGCUUCCUCUUUUCGCUGGUGAUAAACUUCUGCUUGUGCGAUUUCAGGCUCGAAAAAGGCCAAGGACCCAAACACAGAACGCAGCUUCUUCCUCCGAAUGAAAUGCACUCUCACAAGCAGAGGCCGCACUGUCAAUGUCAAAUCAGCGACAUGGAAGGUAGGCAAAGAGGGAGAGUGGGGGAAUUAGCUCUGAAUUUUAUGUCAAAACUCUCAUGACAGUUCACUUCACGAUUAUUUAGACUGACUGAAUUGUUGCUGUUAUUUUAUCUGUCGUGCAAGUAAUUAUGAGAGAUUAUACUUCACUAUUUCCCACUCUGAGUCAAAUCAAUCCACAGUGACCCUCAUGUUUGCCUCUCCAGGUGCUUCAGUGCUCAGGACACGUCCAAGUAUACGACAGCCAGUCUGAGCAAACUUCCAACAGCCAGAAGGAGCCUCCUUUCCCCUACCUGGUUCUGAUCUGUGACCCCAUCCCUCACCCCUCCAACAUCGAGGCCCCUCUGGAUACCAAGACCUUCCUCAGCCGUCACACAAUGGACAUGAAGUUCACGUACUGUGACGAGAGGUGAGUCUGUCCAAACCAGUGAAUGGAACAUGUUUAAGAAGCUUAUCGUGGAACAAACACCAGAGCAGUACUCUGACUCUCUGUACUCUGACUACUCAGUCACACAGAGCCAUCUAGUGGUCAGUUUGCAUACUAAGAGUCUCCGUCUCACUCUAAUCCGGGAUUUGAUGUUUUAUUUUUCAGGAUCACUGAGCUUAUGGGUUACGAUCCAGAGGAGCUAUUGAAUCGCUCCGUGUACGAGUACUACCACGCUCUGGAUUCAGACCAUCUCACCAAGACUCAUCACAAUCGUAAGAAUGAGACUUUGAAGUGCAUAGAGUUCAACUUGAAACAAGAUUUUCCCAAAUGUCUUGACCUCUCUUAUGAUAUUUUUCCUUUCCUCUUAAACCUUAGUGUUUGCAAAAGGCCAGGUCAGCACAGGCCAGUACCGGAUGUUAGCGAAGAGAGGAGGCUUUGUGUGGGUGGAAACCCAAGCCACUGUCAUCUACAACAAUAAGAACUCUCAGCCGCAGUGUGUUGUCUGUGUCAACUUUGUGCUCAGGUACUUUAGAAGCUGUUCAAAGACACACAAUUCGAAAAGUUUCUGCAGUGACUUUAUUUAAAAAAAACAAAAACAAGUGAAGUUAGAAAGAAAUCUUCAAUACAUGCAGUCUAACAGCUGUGUAACUGUUACAGUGGCAUCCAGGAGGAGAAACUCAUCCUGUCUCUGGAGCAGACGGAGGAUGUAAAGCCCAUAAAGGAAGAGCAGCAGCAGCAGCAUGACGAAGAGGAAGAACGAGAAGAAGAAGAAGAAGAAGAAAAGGCUGAAGUCGAGAGCAACCAGUCGGACAUGUCUCCAACCCUGCUGAAGGAGGAUGAGGAGAAGGGUCCAGAGCUGGAUGUGGUCAAACUGUUCACUCAGACGGUGGAGUCACGGUCACUGCCGAGUCUGUACGACCAGCUGAAGGAGGAGCCCGAAGCUCUCACUCUUCUGGCCCCCGCUGCAGGAGACACAAUCAUCUCCCUGGACUUCAGCAACCCAGGUGUGUGGCCUCCUCCGCUCAUAUUUGGAGAACAAAAAAAAAAGUCCUGGCUGAAGUCAUGAUUUUCACCUACCUCUGUCUUAUUUACAGAUUCAGAUAUCCAGUUCCUGAAGGACGUCCCCCUUUACAACGACGUCAUGCUUCCAUCCACCAGUGAGAAGCUGGCUCUGCCUCUCUCUCCUCUGCCACCCAGUGAGACGGUCAAUACCACCUCCAAGGAUGUAAAAGCUGAGAGCUUUACUGCUGCCUCGUCCUCUCCAGUGACUAGCCACAGCUCCUCAGAGGUAAGACGGGGAAGAAACAACUUUUUUCAGAUUUAGUAUUCAUGUGAAAUUUACUGUGGUGGAGAUAACAUUUCAUUUCUGUCCCUUUAGACUGACAGGCCCAUGGACUUCUAUUUCCCCAUGGACUCAGAGAUGAGCUCGGAUUUCAAACUAGACUUAGUGGAGAAGCUGUUUGCCAUAGAUCCCGAGCCCAAAACCCCCUUCACCACACAGGUAACAAUGCAAGAAGACACUUAACAGUUCAUGCGGGUCAGAUUCCUCUCUGUAUUCUGAAUCACUGUUUUUCCUCUUUGAAGGCAAUGGAGGAAUUAGAUCUGGAGAUGUUGGCUCCCUACAUCCCCAUGGACGAUGACUUCCAGCUGCGCAGUCUAAGCCCAGACGAGCCCCUGUCUUGUGGACCAGUCAAAGCCCUUGAAAGUCCUCCAGUCAGCGUCACGGAGGACAUCCAGAGCUUCCCCAGCUCCCCAUUCAGUGCACCAGGCAGUCGCACAUCUUCCCCAGCUCCUCCUGAGCCAGUAACAGCACCUCUUCUGGCCACCAUCAUUUCUAAGAGGUAAGCAGAGACAGCACUGUAUGUUUACUAAAAUGUACCGUAGACUUCUGUUGUAAGCUAACCAUUGUUGCCAUGAUAUAGGAUCCCACAAGUGGACAAAGAAGUCUCACUAAGGACUCUAGCAGCCCAGAACACGCAGCGUAAAAGGAAACUGUGUGACCUAAAACAGAUGAUUGGACAGGUAAGUCCUCCACAUCAAAGCAUGGUUCAUAAAGGACUGCAUGUUUACAGAUGGUGGAUUUGAGUGUCCGUACUUGAUGGUUUUUCCAGGGAGCUCUGCCUCCAGAACAAGUGGAACUGGGCAAGAAGCUGAAGCCGUCAGAGUCAGCAACAACCACGACCUUUCUUCUGCUGCCAUCAGGUGAUUGACGGCUCUAUUCUGCAAAAACUGAACUGAAUGUUAUCUGUAAUUAAUCAAACAGGAUUUCAUGUGUCUUUUAUGUGUUUCAGAUGUGGCGAGUCGCCUACUGGGCACCACAUCAGAGGGCACCAGUUCCCCGUUCACCCUGCCGCAGCUCACCCGCUACGACUGCGAGGUCAACGCCCCCUUACAGGGCCGCCAGUACCUGCUGCAGGGAGAGGAGCUGCUGCGCGCUUUGGACCACGUCAACUGAGUCAAAACUUAGCCUGCUCACUGCUGAAUUAGACUGGACACUACAAUCUCUCCCCUUCCAAGACCCCGACCAUCCUUCCUUCCCCCGCCCACCUAACCCUCACCCCCACUGCCCCUUAUUUAUGUGUACGUAUGAAUUUGACUUUAGUUUGGCUGCUGUUUGUGCACAUUAUGUGAUCUCUGCAGCAUUCCACCGUGACAAACACCAUAGCAGCAUCUGGGUUUUGGAGCAAGGGAUUCAGACAUCAUGAGAUGUCCAGUUGUCGUCCUUCGUUUUAUUUGUUGUCUCCCCUGCGGGGGAGUCUCUCAGCACACAGCGCCUCGACAUGUGACCCCCUUCCAGCAGGUCACCACAGAACCUGGCGCUACUGCCAGCAGUGUAUUGUAAGCUUCAAGUCGCACAAUUUAUAUUUUCUUAAAAAGAAAAAUAUUACCAGCAAUAUAUAUUAAGCCUUUUUAAAGUCAUUUUAAUGGGAUUUGAACAAUUUUAUUUUUUCCUCCCAUACUUGUAUGUUGUAGUACUCGUACCUAACAAGAUGUCUGUAGUCCAGAAGUAUGAACAUAUUGUUUAAAACCUUAGCUGGUUUGAAUGUUCUCUCCAUUUAAUAGUUAUCUGUCUUUGAGAUAAAUUGAAUUGUGUAGCAGUCCAGUACAUGUCACUGUAUUACUUUACUGUAAGUGUGUUACUGUACAUAUACCAGGGAAAUUUUGAUUUACUCAGUAUGGCUUCACAGCUUUGACUCACUAACUAAGAGUAACUUCACUUUUCGUUGCUUCUCGUCAUGCAGGAUUGGAUUUUGUUAACAUGAAGUGAACUCAUGUUUUUAUUUUUAACUGUGUGUGACAUUCUCAAACAGUUAAGAUAAGAGGGAUCUCAACAGUUCAGAUAUAUACCUGUGUGAUCAUUUCAUCAUAGUAGCAUAUGUGAGUUGUCAGAUUGUUUGCUCAGUUGAUGGUAGUCAGUUUAUUACCAUUGAUCCAUAACAUAACGUUGGGUCUCUCAUGCUUCUUUGUGCUGUCUUAUCAUUAAAUGGCUUUAAUAAAGUG